CCACGCCCAGGCAGGCUGCAGAAGACGGAAGCGGGCAGUUGCGGCCAUGGCGGCGGCGGGCACGGGGCAGCAGUGGGUGUUGGUGGAGAUGGUGCAGGCCUUCUACGAGGCUCCUGCUUACCAUCUCAUUUUGGAAGGAAUUCUAAUUCUGUGGAUAAUCAGACUUCUUUUCUCCAAGACAUACAAGCUUCAAGAGCGAUCUGAUCUAACAUCUAAGGAAAAAGAAGAGUUGAUUGAAGAAUGGCAGCCAGAGCCUCUUGUACCUCCUGUACCAAAAGAUCACCCAGCUCUCAACUACAACGUCGUUUCGGGUCCUCCCACCCAUAUAAUCACUGUUAAUGGCAAGGAGUGUAUAAACUUUGCAUCAUUUAACUUCCUUGGACUUUUGGAUAAUGAAAAGGUUAAGAGUGCAGCCCAGGCAUCUCUGAAGAAAUACGGUGUUGGCACUUGUGGACCUAGAGGAUUCUAUGGUACUUUUGAUGUGCACUUAGAAUUAGAAGAACGACUAGCAAAAUUCAUGAGGACAGAGGAAGCUAUUAUAUACUCAUAUGGAUUUGCAACAAUUGCCAGUGCUAUUCCUGCAUAUUCAAAAAGAGGGGACAUUGUGUUUGUAGAUGAAGCUGCCUGCUUUGCUAUUCAGAAGGGAUUACAAGCAUCUCGUAGUAAUAUCAAGUUAUUUAAGCAUAAUGAUAUGGCUGACCUUGAACGACUGUUGAAAGAACAAGAGACUGAAGAUCAAAAGAAUCCUCGCAAGGCCCGUGUAACUCGAAGGUUUAUUGUAGUGGAAGGAUUGUAUAUGAACACAGGAGAUGUUUGCCCUCUUCCAGAAUUGAUAAAAUUGAAGUAUAAAUACAAAGUUAGAAUAUUUUUGGAGGAGAGCCUUUCCUUUGGAGUCCUUGGAGAACAUGGGAGAGGAAUUACUGAACACUUUGGAAUAAAUAUUGAUGAUAUAGAUCUUAUUAGUGCAAACAUGGAAAAUUCACUGGCUUCUAUUGGAGGAUUUUGCUGUGGAAGAUCUUUUAUUAUUGACCAUCAGCGAUUGUCUGGUCAAGGCUAUUGCUUUUCUGCAUCCCUGCCUCCUUUGUUAGCUGCUGCUGCUAUUGAGGCUCUGAAUAUUAUGGAAGAUAAUCCAGACAUUUUUCAGACUCUUCGGGCUAAAUGCGAACGAAUUCACAAAGCUUUACAGGGGAUUUCUGGCUUAAAAGUAGUGGGGGAAUCUUUCUCUCCAGCAUUGCACCUACAGUUGGAAGAGAGCUGUGGAUCUCGAGAAAAUGAUGUGAAAUUACUCAAAAGAAUUGUGGAUUGUUGCAUGGAUAGUGGUAUUGCAUUAACUCAGGCCCGCUAUCUGGAGAAGGAAGAAAAAUGUCUUCCUCCACCCAGUAUUCGAGUAGUGAUAACAGUGGAACAAACAGAACAAGAACUGGACAAAGCUGCAUCACUUCUUAAGGAAGCUGUACAGUCUGUUUUGAAUUAGACUGCUGUUUUGGAUUCAUCUUUCCCCAGAUUAUCAGGAUAAGUGUUUUACACUGUAGAGUGACUUCAGAUAUUCAAGUUCUUCCACUGAUGGCUUUGAAACCUGAGUAACAAGAUUGUUCAGAAUGGUACAAAUGCAGUGAGGGCAAGAAUGCUGAAUUUUGGAACUGGUGAAUGACAGAGUGUACUUGCAAUUCAAACUCUAACAUUUACUAGCAUUCCUUAAAAUGGGAUAUCACUGUUGCAUACAGGACUCCUUCAUAAGUUACAUCUUAAAGUUUUAAAUUUAUUUCUUCAAACCCUUAAACAUUUUUUAAAAUGUAUAAGAACAUUGUUUUCCCCAUAAACAUCUAAAACGUAUAAUUUUCUCUGCAUAUUCUCAGAAUGUAGGAACUUCAAAUAAAUUUCAAGGAAUUAUUCCCUCCCCUCCACAAAAUAAUAUAGACUGUUUCUAAUACUACCAAAAUGGAGAAAAUAACACAUUAAGAGAUAAUUUUGUGCUAUAUUAUAUCAUUUAUUACUGAAUUAUAGGAAGAACUUCAAUUCUUUUUUGUUUAUAUCUUUCUUUAACCAUUUUUGGAAGCCAGUUUUUAAGAAUAACUGGCCAGAGAAUUCCAUUAUCUAAAUGGUAAAUUCAUAUUAAGUACUAUGCUUCCUGCAUUUCAUAUGUAAUUAUAUGCAUGUUUGAUAUUAUGGGUGAGGUUUUUCAUGCUAUUAACUUUAAAACAUCGAAACUGAAACCUCUGAAUUGUGAAACUGGUGUAAUUCCAUUAU